AUGAUGAUACCAAAAAAUCAACUCAUCGGUAAUAAUAUUGUCUUCAAAUUUACAGAUGAAGUUUCACCGCAGGUCUGUCAAUCUACCACAAAAACGAAGAUUUUCGGCGAAGAAGAAAAUUUAACGAAGUACAUUAUGGAAGUCUUAGAACAUUUCAAAACACCUGAUCCUGUGGGACUCCCAGGAGCAAAUAUACCAGACCCGUACCAUGUGCCAGAUAUGAAACAGUAUUUAACUUUUGGUGGCUCAAUUGCUUUUAAGAAUACUGCAGUGCUGGGAAUUAGUAAAUUUCGUUUAUCCUAUGUGAAUGUAGAAGCCUCUGCCAUGCAGGGAACAGCGAUAUUAGGAAUUGACAAACUACACGCGCACGGAAACUACAGCUUGCAUACUUGGUUGAAAACUUAUUCUGGGAACUACACAGCUGACGUCGAAGGCAUUAAAGCCACUGGUCUGGCGACACUUGGCGUAGAAACAGACGGACGAGUAAGAGUACAGAACGUUUCCAUUGAUAUAGCAGUCAAGAAAAUAGACGUGCAGUUUGAAAACUCUGGAAUUUUGGCAUUUGUAAUGCAAGGCUUGUUUAACUCACUCGGAACAUUUCUGUUUGAUACAAUUAAACCUUAUAUUCUAAAAGACGCGUACACUAAAAUAAGAGAAGAAGUCAACAAAAAGCUAGAAGAGGUGGAUGUCUUUAUACAAUUCCCUAACUCGAUAUCACCGGUUGAUAUGUUAAUGAUUCAUGCUAGGAAGAAAAUUAUAGCAUUACACAAAGAUCCUUUCAUAAUCGAUGAUUACGUUACUUCUGUAAGCGUAUUUAAUGUUGCUUUAAACGGGACCUCGCUUAUAGGUCUAUCAUCAUUCUAUCGCAUUGGAAAUAUAACAUUUGUUAUGGAUAAUAACACUAUAAUAGUUGAUUUUGAUAUAAGCACCCAAGAGAUACAUGGAUCGACUAAUUGGCAUGUAUAUACGUUAAAAGGAAUGGUGUCAAGGUUUGGAAUUGCAAUGUUUACAAUAGAUUAUAUAAGGGCUAGAAUAAUUUUAGGUCAACCGUUAGAUACGAGAAAAAGGCCACAGUUCAGACACCUGGAUGUUGACCUUGGAAAUUUACAAAUACGGUUUGAUGGAGCAGGAACGUUUGAUUAUGUUACAGAGUUCGCAAUAAAUGUAUUACCGAAUCUUUUAAGGAAUCAAAUAAUGAAUUCCUUAGAGGACCCUAUUCGUCUGAAAAUACAGAGAGAAUUUAAUGAAAUUAAUGUAGAAGAUGUGAUAACAGAAAAUUUACCAAAAAUGUACGAAUUACAACAAAAGGAUUUUAAUCCAUGUGAAUUAUUCUUUGUUGACAAAAAUGAAAGGUCUGACGAAGACGACUUCUUUAAUUUUUAA